UCGCGUGUCUUCAGCCUGGGACAGUUGAAUGGAUUCUUCAGCAGUGCCGUUUAAUUAGUCGCGGACUGUCGCCUCGUGACAGUCGUUUCGUUUGGUUCUUUCUCGAUCGCAAUACAACACGCUGUUUGCCCGUCGAUCAUUCAGCAAGGGAGAGUAGACUUUAAAUCGAAAUAGCGAGACGGACGUUCUCGGAGCAUCGAACGAAGAUCUUGACUCUUCAAGAAGAGGUUGCCGUAGCAAUGUCGCCGUGAAGAAAGUCAAGUUUCAAAGAGAUGUCACAGCGCUACUCUUUCGCGUGGUACAAUUGCAAUGUCUUGAUAGGCUGCUUGAUACUGACUACUGCACUGUCGUCGCCCGUCAUCGCAGAUGCGUGCUCUGCAGCACGCGAUGACUACAUAAACAGGGAGCCUUUUGGUGCUUACAAAUUGCACCGCCACGCAAUGAACUGGGCUUCAGCGCGGAAGGUGUGCAGGGAUGAGUGUGCCCAUCUCGCUGUCAUAAACUCCGGGGCUGAAGCUCGGAUGUUGGGAGAGAUGGUUUCGAACAUGGGCCAUAUAAGAGCGGCAUCCCACGAGGGCAAAGUCUUCAUUGGUAUACACGAUAUGUUUGCGGAAGGUGAAUGGGUCACCGUCCUCGACGACUCGAUUUCCGCCGCUGGUUUCACGGGGUGGUCUAAUCGAUGGUGGGGACAGCCUGACAAUUAUGCCGGCCAAAACUGUGGCGCAUUGUUGGACGAUGGUUACCUCGACGACGAAAACUGCGGCAAAACGCUCGCUUUCAUCUGCAAAAGGCCCCUCGCGAACGUGCAGUAGCGCUGUUAAUUUCCAACGGAAGAAAUUUCGCUUAAAGGAAUCGGAAAUGAUUCCGACGAUUUCCAUGUAACGAUACAAUUCUACCAUUGUUAUUCUUUUUACAAUAAAGAUUGUUUUCAUGGA